AUGACUCGUGACUCAUUCAGUUCCUCCUCCCAGUCAUACCAGUUGUUGAAUCUUUGGUUGCAAGCCCGCUUCUCUAACCUCAAGGCUAGUGGCACCUCCACCUUGGAAAAAGAGCUUCAGUUCGAGCGUCUCACCAGAGAGCUGGAGGCAGAGCGUCAGAUUGUGGCGACCCAGCUAGAGAGAUGCAAGAUUGGAUCAGAGGCAGGCAGCAUGAGCAGCAUCAGUUCGGCAGAUGAACAAUUUCGCUGGAAUGCUCAAGCAGAUGGACAGAAGGACAUUGAAGAUGAGCUGACCACAGGUUUGGAGCUGGUUGAUUCGUGCAUCCGAUCCCUUCAGGAAUCUGGGCUCCUUGACAGCGGAGACCGACCGGCUCUUCUUACCCAGAGUUCCUUGCAGCUCAACUCCACCCCGGAGGCUUCGCUCCAGUACUCUGCCAGCUACCAUAGCAACCAGACCCUCUCCCUUAGCGACAGCAUCUCCGCAGCAACCCCUCAGCGCAGCGGGCAGGUUGGGGCGGCUGUGCACAGCUACAACCAGGUGACAUCAAAUCGUGUGGCCCAGCAGCAGCAACAACAAAGUGGAGCAGGGUCAGGGAUCUACUACUCCAGCUCUACCUUGCCCGCCCAGCGUGUCAGCUCUCCCCUGUCUGGUGGAGGGGGGAGCUCAACGUCAGGCUCCCCCAAUAAGUUUCAGCGCCUGGGCUCAGUCUCCGACACACCGGGCUACUCCACCACCCAACGCCUGCCGUCCUCCUCCUCACCCGGCAAACAGUCCCCAGCUAGCCGACUGGCCAAGUCCUACAGCACCACAGUUGCAGUGACGACUGCAGGAGGAGGCGGGUCUCCUCUUAGGGUGGCAUCCCCACCCAAUUCAACUCUUGCAGGUGGAGGAGCAAGUGCAUCAUCCUCACCGCUUCACCAGAUGAGUUCAGGCAUAGGGAGCUAUGCCACUCUUUCUCCUAAACGCCUGGCAUCUCACCACGCCUCUGACCAGUACAAGAUCUCCCACGAGCUCUACGCCACCGCUACAUUGCAGAGGCCUGGCAGUCUUGCAGGCUCUCGCGGUUCCUACAGCAGCCAGCACAAUCAGGAGCCCCUUCGACCCCUUGGGUCCCCGGAGCACCACAUAGAUCCCAUUUAUGAGGAGCGGGUCUACCACAACAAAGGCCCCAUGAGGAGCCUGAGCCAGGCCCAAGGGCCAGACACGGGUCCCUACCGUAACAACACUGACCUGACCCAGCGUGUCUACGACCAGGUCCUAAGUUAUGUCCUCUGUCCCUACUUUCCCCCCAUAGCUCCCUCCUCCCCCGGUGUCGACUCCGCCCCUUUACAGCGUACAGGAAGUCACAGCACAGGGACAGGAAACUACAGCCGUGGCGGCGGGACCAACAACUAUGCCACGGUGGGACCAGGCUACACCACCAGCGGAGGCGGUGGAGGCGGGGACGUGUAUGGCUCUGACCCCUAUGUGGCAGAUCCCUACCGCACUCUACAGUACUGCCCCUCGGUGGUGGAAUCGCCCUACAGCAAGUCAGGGCCAGCCCUGCCACCUGAAGGCAGCCUGCAGCGUUCACCCUCCAUCGACUCUAUCCAGAAAGAUCCCAGGGAGUUUGGAUGGAGGGAUCCGGAGCUGCCAGAAGUGAUCCAGAUGUUGCAGCAUCAGUUCCCAUCAGUGCAGUCCAAUGCGGCAGCUUACCUCCAGCACCUCUGCUUCGGAGACAACAAGAUCAAAGCCGAGAUCCGCCGUCAGGGCGGCAUCCAACUACUAGUGGACCUGCUGGACCACAGGAUGAGUGAGGUUCACCGCAGCGCCUGCGGAGCCCUGAGGAACCUGGUGUACGGCAAGGCUAACGAUGAAAACAAAGUGACCCUGAAAAACUGCGGAGGGAUCCCAGCCUUGGUUCGUCUGCUGAGGAAGACAGGAGAUGUGGAAAUCAAAGAGCUGGUCACAGGCGUGCUGUGGAACCUGUCAUCAUGUGAUGCCCUGAAGAUGCCAAUCAUCCAGGAUGCUCUUGCCGUGCUGACCAAUAGUGUCAUUAUACCCAACUCUGCCUGGGACUCCUCCCCCAACCACCACGAUGACCGCAAGCUCCACCUCCACACCUCCCAGGUGCUGCGCAAUGCUACUGGCUGCCUCAGGAAUGUGAGUUCAGCUGGCGAAGAGGCGAGGCGAAGGAUGAGGGAAUGUGACGGCUUGACAGACUCUCUCCUUUAUGUCAUCCAGACCUCUCUGGGCAGCAGUGAGAUCGACAGCAAGACUAUUGAGAACUGUGUGUGCAUCCUGAGGAACCUGUCUUACCGUCUGGCUGCAGAGACUUCGCACGGCCAACAGGGGGGGUUGGAGGAGUUGGACGGCCUGCUGUGUGAUGCCACUGGCCGCGAUGGCGAAAGCUCUGGCUGCUGGGGCAAGAAGAAGAAGAAAAAGAAGGGCGCCGACCAGUGGGAUGGCGUGGGCCCCUUCCCAGAUACGGCGGAUCCCCCCAAGGGGGUUCAGAUGCUGUGGCACCCCACCAUCGUCAAGCCCUACCUCACCCUUCUGUCCGAGUGCUCCAACCCCGACACCCUGGAGGGGGCAGCCGGAGCGCUGCAGAACCUGGCGGCAGGCAGCUGGAAGUGGUCGGUGUAUAUCCGUGCAGCGGUGCGUAAGGAGAAGGGCCUCCCGAUCCUGGUGGAGCUGCUGAGGAUAGACAAUGACAGGGUGGUGUGUGCCGUAGCCACUGCCCUCCGAAACAUGGCCCUGGACAUCAGAAACAAGGAGCUUAUAGGUAAAUACGCCAUGAGAGACCUGAUCCACCGGUUACCAGGAAGUAGUAGCAGCAGUAACAACAACAGCACCAGUGGAGGGAUCACUGGAACCACAGGCCCUACCAGUAAGACCAUGUCAGACGAUACGGUGACUGCCAUCUGCUGCGCGCUGCAUGAGGUCAUCACCAAGAACAUGGAGAAUGCCAAGGCCCUGCGUGACGCUGGUGGCAUUGAGAAGCUCAUUGGCAUUGCCCGCAGCAAAGGAGACAAACAUUCGGCCAAGGUAGUGAAGGCAGCUUCUCAGGUCCUCAGCAGUAUGUGGCAGUACAGAGACCUCCGCUCCCUCUACAAGAAGGUAUGGACCGGCUGUAUGUGUCAGGCACACAGACUUGUUUCAGCUGCUACCAUCAGGCAAGCGGUACCGCAGCCUCAAAGCUCGGACCACACUCACAGUCAGUCUCCUGUAGCCAGCAGUCAAAGACCUCAUCCCCGCUGCGCAAGUGCUCCCGCCUCCCCCAGGGAGAUGAUGAGUUUGAAGGAACGCAAGAUGGAGUACGACUCCACGGCAACCAACGCUGGUUUCCAUAGCAACAAAGGAGAGCACACAUCCCGGAAAGACGCCAUGACAGUUCAAGUAUCCUGUGGGACAUCUACAUUGUUCAGGAACUCCUACUUGACUAACAGUGGCGAUAUCAAGCAAAACCAGGUCCCCCACCAGGUCCCUGCCCAGCCCUGCAUUGUGCCUCCCCAGCCCCAGCAGGAGAGUCCGUCAACGGCUGCGAUAAAAGACUACGACCCCUACCCUCCCCCUCCCUCCUUCCCCCAGCCCCAGCCACCCCAGCCUCCACCGCACAGCCAGAGCCGAAGUUUCGACGAGGCCUACUAUGAGGACCAGCAGGGGCCCACACCUCCUCCGCCAUCCCAGCCUCAGCCUCUGCCCCAGGUCCAAGUCCAGCCUCAGGCCCACCCUCAGCAGCCCCCGAGUGCCACCGGUGCCCCACGCGACCCCCGGGAAGACCUGCGCAUGCAUUUGGGCCUGAAGUCCACCGGCAACUACGUAGACUUCUACUCGGCCUCUCGGCCAUACAGCGAACUGAACUACGAGACCAGCCACUACCCGGCCUCACCAGACUCCUGGGUCUAG